AGAAAUGUUGUCUCUCAGUCUCCGUCGUCCUUUCCUCUCGCAUCGACGACCCGCGACCGGUACCACUUUGACAAUAAUUUACCAUUCACUUUUGACAAUUGACAAUUAAUCACCUUUUUCUGCACUCUCUCUUGCGCAGAUUUGAUUCGCGCGAUGUGAUUGACAACGGUAAACUUUAAUUUUAUUUUCAAAAAGGAAAUUUAUCUUUCAUUUUCCAAACUGAAAUCGCCACAGUUUCCGCGUACGAAGAAUUUUGAAGGUCUUCUGGAAAUAUGCACUUGGCGAUUCGGACGUUCCUGGCACUGAACUUCAUACAGGUUUCGGUUUUCUGUCUAACUGCAGACGAAAUCGAGGCUGAAAAAAGUGGAUGGAAUUUAACACCAAAUACACAAUAUCACAUACAGACUGAUGAAGGUCCGGAGAGAUUCUUCCGAUAUCAGACGCUCAAUGGGCAGUACCGGAAAGAGAAGAGAUUAGCGGAUGGCACUGUGAUUGGUACUGAAGGAUGGCUCGAUCCUUUAGGAUAUUUACGAAUAAAAGAUUAUAUUGCCGAUCAUCAGGGUUUUCGAAUCCUUAAAUCGAAGAAGGUAUAUAUCGGGAAAGACAGGUCAAUUAAUGACGCAGUAUCGAUUUCGAAAAAAGUGCCUGCUCAAAGUGGAAUUUUGGUGAGGCCUCGACGACCACCUAAUCCAUUCAGGCAACCAGAACUGAAGGACGUAUCAGAAAACAGUAUUGAGGUGAACACGGUCACACCAUUGAGGAGCUACACCCCAUCGACGUUGUCACCAGCUUCUGUGGUCCAAUAUGGCCCAGCAGUGACCACAUUUCGACCAAGGCCCUUCUCUUUGACGACACCGUCACCCUAUGAUGACGUAUACAAUGCAAAUUCGAAUUACCUCUCGAAUGGAUACCAGUAUCGGAGUCCUUAUGUUACUCCUUAUGAGAAUUCCUAUCCUUAUAGGGUGCAACCAUUACAGCAACCGGCUGUGAUUGUUCAACCACCGAAUUUUGAUGAGGAUCAAUUUCAAGCUGGACAGGCGAAUCAAGUGAGGGUGAAUCCUGCAGGAUACAGGGGUUAUAGGCUUGCUAAUAACACAGUCAAUACGAGACGCUCUUCGAGGUAUCGGCCCGAAAUUACCAGGCCCCGAGAGAUGGUUCAACAGCAAGAAUAUCCUGCAUACGAUGGCCAUCAUCAAACUGCUGACGGUUUCCAAUAUUACCUCAAAACCCACUAUCACGAAGAGGAACAAAAACCGAAUGACAAGAGCAUAGGAUCCUUCGGAUAUGUCGACCCUUUCGGAAUAAGAAGGGUCGUUUAUUAUAAGAGCGAUCCUCAAAAUGGGUUUGUUCAUAAAAAAAAUAAUAGAUACGUUGGUUUUAAUGCAAAACCGUACGAUCCUGUAUCCACUGGUUCUCAAUGAAUCAAUCACGCCAGUUAAAAAAGUUUUAUCCCAUCGAAGACUAUUUUAUAACAAAAAUAAAAUAGUAAAAAUAAGAAAAAUUGUAUAACAGUUAUAUAGUUAUUAAUAAUAUUUUCCUUCAAAGCAACAAAAUACAAAAAAACAUUAAUAACAAACUAUAAAACUGUUAUAAAAUUUUUUCAACACUGACGAAUCUCCUUUUGGGAUUUAACUAUUAGCAACUAUUUUUCCAACGCCAUUUUUUACAGUGAGUGAUUAUAAAGAGGUCAUUUUGCCAACUUUUUUAUUAAUCUGUAGAAUCUGUAAACAUAAUUUAAUUUAAUUUAUAGCAACCAAAUAGAUUUUAAAUCAGAAAAUUUAUUUAAAUAGAGGAAAUCUGUAAAUAAAUAACGUAAGCAAAUACAUGAUUGUUUAGUGAAAUGGUCUCUGGCAAAAUAACUCCAUAGAUUAGUUUCCUAGCUAACUUUAAAAUACUUCAAUGUUUUAGUACCUCUGAUAAUAUCAAACUACAAGCGUACCUUAAAAUUGCUUCUUAAAAAAAUGUGAAUUCAAAAAUAAUGUAAGGGAUUUUUGUACUAUUUUAUCUUUUAAGUCAGAAAAUGAUAAACACAUCUGGUACCUGUUUUUUAUCUUAAAAAACGCUCAUUAAAAUAACUCGUAUACUUAAAACUCGACGUGCCAGUCGAUGAAUUUCGUACACUUACAUUAUAAUUACUUUUACAUUAGAUAAUUUGCGUCAGAGUGAAUCGACAUUGUGAUGUAUGUGAAAGUACAUAAAACUCUAGAAAAACGUCUUCAAUUCAAAGAAAUUUGAUUUAUAAAACAUAUUCAA